CGGCUGCGCGUGCGCGCGCCCAGGAGGCGCGAGGUUAGGGCGGGGGAAUGUUACUCCGGCUGGUGGGGGCAGCGGGCAGUCGGGCCCUGGCCUGGCCUUUCUCCAAACUGUGGCAAUGUGGCGGGCGCGCAGGAGGCGGCGGGACGGUGUGGAGCAGCGCGAGGCCCCGUGGCACCGCUGGGCAGUGUCCUCCAGGGAGAUGCUCCAAGCAGCUGGCUCUGCAGGGAAGACUGACUUCAUUUUCUCCAAGGCUGUAUUCAAAACCUCCCAGAGAACCAAAUAAUGCUGGAUCUGGAGGAAAUGGAGGCAAGAGAGGAGGGAAGCAAGAUGACUUUGCCUGGUGGAAACGGAUGCAAAAGGGGGAGUUUCCUUGGGACGACAAGGAUUUCCGGAGCCUGGCUGUCCUGGGGGCCAGUGUGGCCGUGGGCUUUUCCUACCUCUACUUCCGGGACCCCGGGAAGGAGAUCACCUGGAAGCACUUCGUGCAGUAUUACCUGGCCAGAGGUCUGGUGGAUCGGCUGGAGGUCGUGAACAAGCAGUUUGUGCGUGUAGUUCCUGUUCCUGGGACGAUACCCGAGAAGUUCGUGUGGUUUAACAUUGGUAGUGUCGACACCUUUGAGCGGAACCUGGAGUCUGCGCAGUGGGAGCUGGGGAUUGAGCCCACCAACCAGGCUGCAGUGGUUUACACCACUGAGAGCGAUGGCUCUUUUCUCAGAAGCCUGGUGCCCACCCUGGUCCUGGUUGGCAUCCUCCUCUAUGCUAUGAAGAGGAGUCCAAUGGGGACUGGUCGUGGUGGGCGAAGAGUCGGCCUGUUCAGUGUUGGUGAGACGACAGCCAAGAUCUUAAAGAACAACAUUGAUGUGCGAUUCGCAGAUGUGGCUGGCUGUGAAGAAGCCAAAUUGGAAAUUAUGGAAUUUGUGAAUUUCCUGAAGAACCCAAAGCAAUAUGAGGACUUAGGAGCUAAAAUUCCAAAGGGAGCAAUGCUCACUGGUCCACCUGGUACUGGCAAAACUCUUCUUGCAAAAGCAACUGCUGGGGAGGCCAAUGUGCCCUUUAUCACUGUGAAUGGCUCAGAGUUCCUGGAAAUGUUUGUUGGUGUUGGGCCAGCGCGGGUCCGCGACAUGUUUGCAAUGGCCAGAAAAAAUGCUCCUUGUAUUCUAUUCAUUGAUGAGAUUGAUGCAAUCGGCCGGAAACGAGGCCGAGGCCACCUGGGAGGCCAGAGUGAGCAGGAGAACACUCUAAACCAGAUGCUCGUGGAGAUGGACGGGUUCAACUCUACCACUAAUGUGGUAGUGUUAGCUGGCACCAAUCGCCCCGAUAUCCUUGACCCAGCCCUGACACGGCCUGGCCGGUUUGACCGCCAGAUCUACAUUGGUCCCCCUGAUAUCAAAGGCAGGUCGUCCAUCUUCAAGGUCCACCUGCGUCCACUCAAGCUGGACGGAAGCCUCACCAGAGACACCCUUUCAAGGAAGCUGGCAGCUCUCACUCCAGGCUUCACUGGUGCUGAUAUUUCAAAUGUGUGCAACGAAGCAGCUCUGAUUGCUGCCCGCUAUCUUAGCCCUUCUGUCCAGGAGCGGCACUUUGAGCAAGCCAUCGAGAGGGUCAUUGGAGGCCUUGAGAAGAAGACCCAGGUCCUACAACCCAAUGAAAAGACAACUGUGGCCUACCACGAGGCUGGGCACGCAGUGGUGGGCUGGUUCUUGGAGCAUGCAGACCCUCUGCUGAAGGUGUCCAUCAUACCUCGGGGCAAGGGCCUUGGCUAUGCCCAGUACCUUCCCCGGGAGCAGUACCUGUACACGCGGGAGCAGCUCUUCGACCGCAUGUGCAUGAUGCUGGGGGGUAGGGUGGCCGAGCAGCUCUUCUUUGGUCGGAUCACCACAGGGGCCCAGGAUGACCUCAAGAGGGUCACCCAGAGUGCCUAUGCCCAGAUUGUGCAGUUUGGAAUGAGUGAGAAGCUGGGCCAGGUAUCCUUUGACCUCCCCAGACAAGGUGAAACCAUGGUGGAGAAGCCGUACAGCGAGGCUACGGCCCAGCUCAUUGAUGAGGAGGUCCGGUGCCUUGUGAGGUCUGCCUAUGACCGGACCCUCCAGCUGCUCACACAGUGCCGGGAGCAGGUUGAGAAGGUGAGCAGGCGACUCCUGGAGAAAGAAGUGCUGGAGAAGGCCGACAUGGUGGAACUCUUGGGCCCUCGGCCCUUUGCAGAGAAGUCCACCUAUGAGGAGUUUGUAGAGGGCACCGGCAGCCUAGAGGAGGACACAUCCCUUCCUGAGGGGCUGAAAGACUGGAAUCAGGGCCGGGAGGAAGGAAGCACUGAGCAGUGCUUGCAGGAGAGCCCUGCGUAACCCGUGGCCUGUGCUGGGAGGCAGCUGUCAGUAACCGGGAAACAGAUUAAAACAACUGCAAACAGACGUGUUAGAAUCCAUUCCAUUUAGAAUCCACAGAAAAGGGAGCUAGGACUUGGUGCCAUCUAGCCAAGGAGAUAGGUGAGGCCUGAGACCCUGGGCCUGACCUAGAGGUGGUCAGUUCAGAUGGGAGAGAAAGUUGGGCUCUGGCUUCCUUGAAGCCAUGAGUGUUGUCUCCUGUGGGAUCCCAGGUGUAGGGCCAGCGGGAGCAACAUCAUGCUUUCAGUAGACAGCUGACCAGUUUCCAGGCAUGCCUUUUACAGCUUGCCUGACCCAACACAGUUUGAGUUCAGUGAAGUAGUCAGGAAAAUGUAAGCCAGUUAACAAACGAAGCCGACCAGUCAGUCCUGAGGAAAGGAAGCCAGCACACCAGUCAGUCUGUGCCUAAGGGCAGAAGCACGGCCUUCCCUGACCUGUGGCAGCAUCAGAAAUUUUAUUUUCUCAGUCAGCCCUGGCAUCUAGCCUGGGCAUUUGUCUGUUUCACUGAUGGAGUGUCACAUUUAAUUCCAUUUUACAGCAGUCCUUUCCCCAGAGCCCCUGCCUUUUUUUUUUUUUUUUUUUUCUGGAAUCACAAAAAGGCUUGUUUUGGGUGGAGCUCUCCAGCUCUGGUGCAGAUCUGUCAGCCCUCUUGUUGCAGUAAAGGAAGGGCUUUGUGAACUCCAAGCCUCCACGGGCUGAAAGAGGCAUAUUCUUCUGCUGAUCCUGGGGUGUGGUAAGGCCUGCUCUGUGAGACCUUUUAAUGCUUGGAGUCCUGGGAGAGUGUUCUUGUGUACUUCCUCCAGAACACCCUGGGAUCACAGAGCUCAGGGUUGCACCUCGGCUGCCUCAGCCAUCCCCUCAGGCCUGCUCAUGGCCCUGGGGAGGAUCCCUUUGCUCCCUCGACUUUUUAAAAGCUUUUUGUCUGUCUACAGGUGUUCAUGUGUGCAUACGAUCAUGCAGAGGCCAAAGGUUAACAUAGUACAUCUUCCUCAAUUGCUGUCUUACUUAGUUGAUUUUUUCCGUUUAUUUAUUUGUCUUGUCUGCGUGUGCAUGUCCACACACACAUGCACCAUGGUGCACAUGUGUAGGACAGAGGACGACUUUUGAGAGUGAGUUCUCUACUAUGUGGGUUCUAAGAUCAUCGGGUGUGGCAGAACCUGCCUUUUCCUACAGAACCAUCUUGCCAGCCAAUCUACCUUGCUUUUUGAGGGGGAGUGUGUCUCUUCUUUAAUCUGGCUAGAUUUGUGGGCCAGCCGCUCCGGGGAUCCUCCUGUUCCUGCCUUCCCAGGGCUGGGAUUACAGGCGUGACUUUAUGCCCGGCGUUAUGUGGAUGGUGGGGAACUGUAUGUUCAUGCUUAAGCAGCAAGUACCUUGCAGACCGCGCUCCCUCCAGCCCUUGAAUUGAUGCUGAUGAGCUUCCUGGUGCCUAGCCAGGAGGUAGAGAUCUGUCCUCUGCCCCUUGAACCUUUGUCCUUCUCUUUGGGACCUGGCUAAGGACCAGAGUGGCUGUAAGACUAUACUGGUGUAUAUGGUAUUGUACAUUUUUUAGGUUGUUACUUAGAGCCUCAGAAGCAGACAUUUCAUCAGGGGACAGAGACUUUCAGCUUUCACUGUUUGUAAAAUGUACAUUGUGGAAUUAAAAAAAUUUUUCAUUUCUAA